AUGCAAGUGGAUACAGUAACAAGGAAGCCUCGUAUAUUACUAGCUGCGAGUGGAAGUGUGGCUGCAAUCAAGUUCAGUAAUCUCUGCCAUUGUUUCUCAGAAUGGGCAGAAGUGAAAGCUGUAGCUUCAAAAUCAUCACUGAGUUUCUUGGAUAAGCCUUCUCUUCCUCAAGAAGUGACUCUCUAUACAGACGAAGAUGAGUGGUGUAGCUGGAAGAAGAUUGGUGAUCCGGUGCUUCACAUCGAGCUCAGACGCUGGGCUGAUGUUAUGAUCAUUGCUCCUUUGUCUGCAAACACAUUGGGCAAGUCUAGAGUAUCUGAAGAUAUUGAGCUCUUUGGCUCCAUAUUCUUUGCAUUUUUCAAGAUCCUAAGGAUUGCUGGUGGGUUGUGUGAUAAUCUAUUGACAUGUAUUGUAAGAGCGUGGGACUAUAACAAACCGUUGUUUGUUGCACCGUCGAUGAACACUCUGAUGUGGAACAACCCAUUCACAGAACGGCACCUUGUGUUGCUCGAUGAACUUGGAAUCACUCUCAUUCCUCCCAUCACGAAGAAACUGGCUUGUGGUGAUUACGGUAACGGCGCAAUGGCUGAGCCUUCUCUCAUCUAUUCCACCGUUAGGCUCUUCUGGGAGUCACGUGCUGCUCAUCGACAAAGCCAUGGAACAAAUUGA